AGGAUACACUCGCUCCAUGCGAGGCAUGAACGACCCUAGUGAGUUUCGCAAGCGACCCAAUGGUUCGUGUCGGUUUUCGCGCUAUCUAAUAUGAAAGAUUGACUAGUAAUACAAAAACACGUGUCCGUUGGGUUGGUGGAAUCCGGAGCAUCGGUAUUCGCCGAUUAAAAUAUAGGUUAAUCCGGAAUUGCGUCGGGGCAAAAUCGCGUUUCUCGCAGGCGGUAGACGAAAGACUCUGAAGUUAGCGUCGAAGGGAUAUCUUCCGACGCGCUUAUAACGGGCGGCCGCGCUCGAAAGGAAACUCGAGCUCGCGAGCGGCGCGGCACGGCGCGGGGCGGCCAUUUUAUGUGAGUAUGACGUAGAGGCUGGGUGUAACUUGCGCUUCUUAUCGUUGUGCGCGAGAGAGGAAGAGAACAUCGGUCCCCGCUGAAGCGACCGAUGAGGGCUGAAGUUGGCGCGAGACGGUGACGUAAAUCAGCUGGGCGACUCGUAUCGAAAUUGGCAUCUCUGCCCGUGUCCCGCUUUGAACAAAUAUCUCCCCGACCCCGCGGAAGUUAGCGGCGCUCGUGGCGACCCCGCGGAGGGGAGAGGAGGGUGUGCGAACGAGAUAAACGAACGAACGAACGAAAAUUCUCGACUUACGGACACUAUAAAUUCCCGACUACUUUUACCCUCACUUUUCGUCCCCCCCAACUAAUAUAAACGAGCUGGCCGAAAGUGUUCGCCACGGCAGCGUCAGUAUGAGCGAGGAAAGUAAUCCACGUACGUUGUACGUGGGCAACCUGGACGCCUCGGUGUCCGAGGACCUUCUAUGCGCCCUCUUCAACCAGAUCGGCGCGGUGAAGGGCUGCAAGAUCAUCCGAGAACCCGGGAACGACCCAUACGCCUUCGUCGAAUUCACGACUCAUCAGAGCGCGGCCACGGCGCUCGCGGCGAUGAACAAACGCUCAUUCCUGGAGAAGGAGAUGAAGGUUAACUGGGCGACCAGUCCGGGGAACCAGCCGAAACUCGACACCAGCAAUCACCAUCACAUAUUCGUGGGUGAUCUGUCGCCGGAGAUCGAGACGCAGACGCUGAAGGAGGCGUUCGCGCCCUUCGGCGAGAUCAGCAACUGCAGGAUCGUGCGCGACCCCCAGACCCUGAAGAGCAAGGGCUACGCAUUUGUCUCGUUCGUGAAGAAGUCCGAAGCCGAGGCGGCGAUCAACGCGAUGAACGGCCAGUGGCUCGGCUCGCGCAGCAUCAGGACGAACUGGUCCACCAGGAAACCGCCACCGCCGAGGUCGGAGCGGCCAAGACACUCGAACAAUAGUAAACCCAACUAUGAGGAGGUAUAUAAUCAAAGUAGUCCUACCAAUUGCACUGUAUAUUGCGGGGGUUUCACGAACGGCAUCACGGACGAGUUGAUAAAGAAAACUUUUUCACCCUUCGGCACCAUCCAAGACAUAAGAGUAUUCAAAGACAAGGGAUACGCUUUUAUAAAAUUUACCACUAAGGAAGCUGCGACGCACGCCAUUGAAUCGACACAUAAUACAGAGAUCAAUGGUAGUAUUGUGAAAUGCUUUUGGGGAAAGGAAAACGGGGAUCCAAACAGCGUCGGUCCAAACGCCAAUCACCAAACUCAACAGGUGACAGCCGGAGUAGGGCAGUACGCAUACGGAUAUGGCCAACAGAUGGGUUAUUGGUAUCCUCAGGGCUAUCCGCAGAUGCAAGGACAGUUCCUGCAGCCCGCCCAAUAUUACGGUCAAUAUUACGGGCAACAGGCACAAUAUAUGAACAGCAUGAGGAUGCCUGCACCGAGCGCGGGUGCCUGGCAGCCUACGCAAGCCACCGCCGCACCCCCGACAGCGAGUGCGCCCUUGCCACCGGGACAACAGCCAACCAUGGUAACAUAUACCAUGCCACACCAGUACCCCACACAAUGAAAUUCAUCAUUGACCAGCUAAUUGUUACGUAUGAUAUAUAUAGUUGCCUCGGGGUUGCUGUGAAAAUCGUUCUGUCAUAUACCUAGAGCAACAUUUACAUUUCAGUUUUUAUUUCUGCGAUCAUAAAAUAAACACACGAUUCCAAGUAGCAGGCUGACGUCAUUAAACGUCAAAAUAACGUCAUUUUGACGUCUGUCGAUGUCUAAUAAUGUCGUUUUCAUGUCUAAUGACGUACGCAUACUACCUGAAAUUUCAUUCGCAAAAAUUCCAUUUACAAAAAAAAAACGAAAAACAUGAUGUAAAAGAAAAAUCUUGUUCUCCAAAACACACGCUUAUUUUUUUUUAUACGUUCCUUCCAUGUCAUAGAAAAAAAAGGUGUAAUGUUAAUUACAUCACGAGAUGUGUAACAUUGUCGACGGCACACUUCUCGUAAUAGGAAUUUAAUAAGUUUCACGAUUUUUUGUCGACCCCCCGAGAUGUUGACCAGGUAUAUCUCCGAACUCUCUUCCUUUUUACGGACCCCUGAAAAAAAGAACUCAAAUCGCAGCCCCGCACGCGUUUAUGCUGCGCAGAACGCUGACGUGCGGCAGUUUUGCGAUAUUUAUUUAUUUUAUUUUUUUUUUUUUCCAUAUCCUUUUCCAACCGCGAGACAAGACAAGAAGAGACUCUCUGAUGAAAUCUUUCUUAUUUUCCAAUUUUUCGUAUCAUCGGAUAUAAACGACGACACAAAUGUUCAUUUGACAGUGAAAAUAAUGCAAAUAUGCGGUAUCACGAUGUACCGAACAUAGUUGAUAAGAUAGAGAAAAGCGUGGAUUUAGCUAGACACGAUGCCUGUGAUGAUGAUGUUUAAUAGCUAGACUUUUGCGCGAUGAACGCCAGGAACGUGUGCGGGGCUUCUUAUAACAAAUAAAUGAAAUGAACUCUGUGCUAGCGGGAGUCUACUAACGAGUAACAAGUUUUUCUCGUUAUGUGAUAUUUAUCGUCGGUGGUUGAUGUAUAAAAAACUUUGCUAUAAGCGAACGAACGAGCGAGAGAAAGAGAGAGCGAGCGCGCGAGAGAGAGGGAUGAUUUUGCUAUAAACAUUAGUGAAUUGAGAUUUCCUUGUGCGAAUGCGAAUUUAAGCACAUUAAUCGCUACAACGAUGUGCAUUAAAUGGCGAGUGUCGACCAAAACGUAUCUCUUUGUAUGCUGCGUUGCUUGCCUGUUCUUUUCCUGGACCUUAUGUUCUAUAUCUAUUCAUGUAGGGAAUGUUCGUAAUUUAUAAUAUGUUGUGCUUAUAUUUUUUAUGAAAAAAUACCUUGCCAUGGAUUUUAAAAAGGAAAGAAAACAAAUGUAGAUUGUUGAUUCGAAACCCUAACAGCACACAUAUCUCGAAGACAUUCAGAGAACAUCCUAAGGAUGUUCGAAUGUUCUCUGAAUAUCCUCUGAAUAUCUUUCGGAUAUGUUGUAUGCUAUUAGGGAAGUGUACAACAGGAAGUACGAAGAGAUUGGUCGGAUAUCGCCAUCAAAACAUAUUCUAUCAUAGAAUAAGUAAUUUAGCGACUCCUCACCACGUUUAUAUAAACGACCUAGCCGAUCGAAAAAAAAUAAAAGUAAAUGUAAUUUAAGUAAGUUUAAUGAUAAUAAUAAUGAUAAACACAUGCAUACUUCCAUCGGAGCUAUAAUUCUCAGUCAAGGACAAGUCACACAUUGAUAUAUCUUGAUCUUGGAAUUAAGAUAUAUGAAGAGCAUUGAAAAUAAAAAAAAGAGAGAAACGUGUGUAUGUAUAUGUGUACACUACCAUGAACACAUAUGUGAAUGUGUAUAUUUCAUGAUAGUUUAAGUAUACAGAUGUCGAUAAUUAAUUUUUACACGGUGAAACGACUCUAUAUUCUUUUUUUCGAUUUGACAAUCAGCCGUGAAAUAUGAAAACGUCUACAAAGUUUUCUUCAGAAUUAUCAUAGUCUGUAUAUGGCACGAUUCGUGUCUUCCAAAUUCACACAUCGUAACAAAAAGUCACAGCAGCGCACUUUCGGUUUAUCUUCAUUAAGAGUUUCUGUAAUCCUUACUGCAACUAUAUUGAAUUAUGGACGCCAGAAGAAGCGAGAAAUCAUGUAAAUUUUUCUAUCGCAAAAAAAGUAAAUUUUUUUUGUACACCACCGCUCUCUUGUAUUCGAUACUAUGGAUUAGUAAAAUCCAUUAACCAAA